AUGGUAUCAUUCUGGGUUCUCUGUGGCUGUGGACUAGCGGCUGCGCUGAUUGGUCUGCUGGGCACAUGCGCGGCUGUAUCUGCGAAUCGUGCUGUGUUGAUUUUAUUUAUCAUUACCGCAAUACUGCUGAUUCUUGUCGAGAUCGGAAUUGGUGUUUUCCUUUUUCUCUACAACUCAACGAUCGAGCAAACAGUGGUAAAGUAUGUAGAUAUGUCACGUUUAUCUACCUCUCUGAAUGAUAUGAAUGUCAUCGCUGCAAGG